AUCAAUGAAAUCGCAACCAACCCUGCUGUGGAACCGACUCUUGCAGCUGGCUGAGCGAAUCAGCAGAACAUCUGCCAUAUCGUGCAUUCACAUAGAUAAACCUUCCCUGUUCUCUAUUCAUACCCGUCAUUCUUUGCUUGUGUUUUCUCUUCCAGAGAUCUCUCGGCACCCCGUUCUGCUUUCUCUUUUUCCUCAGGAUUUAAGCCUACUAGCUGUUUUCCCCUCUCUUCUCCUCUAUCCCCGCUGACUCCUCCCUCCGUUGCUCUCAUACUCCCUCACUCACUCACUCACGAACACACUUGAACACAAGCACACAUACAUGCGCACACACACAUACACACACCCUCCUCCCCCAUCGCUGCAGUGUCUCUUAACUGCCUUGGAGCUAACAAGAGGGGAAAUAGCACACCGACAAUUAUAAGAGAGGAGGAGAGAGCACGACACAACGAAAGAGUGCCAGUGAAUGAAUGCAUGUGUGAGAGGAGAUUCGGGCAGAUCUGAGGAUGUUGGCGAUUCAGGAGUAAAGGGACGGAUUGCGCGCUCCCUCUGCCUCCCAAGCGAAUGUUUGUCUGCAGUGUUGCUGGUGAAUGGACGGCAAGCGGUGAAACGGAACAUGGGCCUUUAGCUGCCUCACUGGCUUACGUAAGCAGGACGAUCUAGUACACAGACGCCCAAAACAGUCUACGACAAAGGUCUGACAUUCCAUCGGAUGGAAAGUGUCUGAAGAAAAUUAAAGGAGGGAGGAGUUGACAACAGAUGAAUCAGUCACAGAAAUACAGGGAAGCAUAUUGGACGCCAUGAGGGAGGAGAGCGAAGGAAUCUUACGGUUUCGACUUUCUCUCGAUGAACACUGACACAUCCACUUAAAGCCUGCCUAUGAACCCCAAGUCCUUGGGAUCUUGAAUGCAAACACGCCCUUAUGCCAGGGCUUGAGUGGGUCUUCCACCAUGUCAUGGUAGCAUUGUACGCCAAAACAUCAACCCUUGAAAAAAAACAUAAACUGUAGACUUGGACAACGCAUGUUGUCUAGCGCCAAUCCGAAAUUGAUUUCCAGCAAAAACUUCCUCUAGUAUCAGCUGAACUGCAUCACCAUAUCUUUUUACGUUGCGUUCAUUUAUAGUCCACUCUCCCACUUCCUGGGAUUAGCAGCUGAAGUCAACCAUGGGGUGCCGGCAGAGUUCGGAGGAGAAGGAGGCCGCCCGGCGCUCACGUCGCAUUGAUCGACACCUCCGCUCAGAAAGCCAGCGCCAGCGGCGCGAGAUCAAACUCUUGCUGCUUGGAACCAGCAACUCUGGCAAGAGCACCAUCGUGAAGCAGAUGAAGAUCAUCCACAGUGGAGGCUUCAACCUGGAGGCCUGCAAGGAAUACAAGCCCCUCAUCCUCUACAACGCCAUUGACUCACUCACACGCAUCAUCCGCGCCCUUGCCACCUUGAAGAUCGACUUCCACAACCCUGAUCGGGCUUACGAUGCAGUGCAACUCUUCGCCCUCACUGGGCCUGCCGAGAGCAAGGGCGAGAUCACGCCAGAGCUCCUGGGGGUGAUGAAACGCUUGUGGGCCGAUCCAGGUGUCCAGGAGUGCUUUUGCCGCUCCAAUGAGUACCACCUAGAGGACAAUACAGCCUAUUACCUAAAUGACCUGGACCGCAUUUCUGCACCAGAGUACAUCCCAACCGUCGAGGACAUUCUGCGCUCACGUGACAUGACUACUGGCAUUGUUGAGAACAAAUUCACCUUCAAAGAGCUCACCUUCAAAAUGGUUGACGUGGGCGGCCAGCGUUCAGAAAGGAAGAAGUGGAUCCACUGUUUUGAGGGUGUGACUGCCAUUAUAUUCUGUGUGGAGCUCAGUGGCUAUGACCUCAAGCUUUAUGAAGACAACCAGACGAGCCGUAUGGCGGAGAGCCUGCGUUUGUUCGAUUCCAUCUGCAACAACAACUGGUUCACCAAUACCUCGCUCAUCCUCUUCCUCAACAAGAAGGACCUGCUGGCCGAGAAGAUCAAGCGUAUUCCGCUGACGGUCUGCUUCGCCGACUACAAGGGGCAAAACACCUACGAGGAGGCGGCCGUGUAUGUGCAAAGGCAGUUCGAGGACCUCAACCGCAACAAGGAGACCAAGGAAAUCUACUCGCACUUCACUUGCGCCACUGACACCAGCAACAUCCAGUUUGUGUUUGACGCGGUGACGGACGUGAUCAUCCAAAACAAUCUCAAGUACAUUGGGCUGUGCUAGGACGAGGGGACGGGGGGAGAGGGGCGGCAGGCGCGGCAUACAGUAUGGAAAAAAAAAACCCUUGGCGAACGACGAGGCCCGCCUGUCGAUCGAUCUGAGUGCCCUCAAAAAACGCUUGUUAAAACAGGAAACUCAUAUGAGGCCCAGAGGAAAGGGCUACAUGCUGCCAUCCUGCUAGAUUUAUCAAUGUCAAAAACGUAAAAGGUCAAAGAGGAUUUUACAAGGUUGGUAUAAAUGUGUUUGCACUGAACAUAUGAGUAUGUAGACACACACACACAUACACCAUCGUUACGUUUGUUCACACACAACGGACUUUGGGAUCAGCUGUCAAGCACAUGUUUGACAUGGAAACACUGGAAACAGAUCUCCCUGCUCCUCUCUUCCCUGACAAACAGCAGGAAUUCCUUAACGUCCAUGAAAGGGAUAGUUCACCUGAAAACGCACUCAUUUGCUCAUGUCAUUCCUAACCUGAAUGAUUAUCUUUCUUCUGAGGAAGACAAAAAGAGAUGUUCAGCAGAAUGUUCAUGCUUCUCUUUUACAUACAAUGAGAGUGAAUGGUGAAAAUGACAAAAAACACCAAAAAAGUAACUUUAUAUUUGACUUGUGCACUUUGGAAUAUGUUUUAAAGUCACAUGCACAUAUUCAAAUUAGUUGCAUCACAAUGAAUGAAGAUACACACUUAUACAGUUCAAAUUAUAAUCAAGGACUUUAGAACUUAUCAAAAUAGCAUGACAAAAGAUUAUUAAAACGUUUAUGUAAACAUAAACUUUUAUUUUGGAUGCUAUUAUUCGUGAUUAAUCAUGAUUAAUUGUUUGCCAGCCCUAGUAUUUUUAAGCAAAACUUUUAAUUUGACAUCAUUGCAAACUGUGCUUUUAAAAAGUGUACUUAAGUGUACACUUCAGAAACAGAGUCAUAAAACUAUACUCUCUUUAGUACACUUAAGUCAUUGAUAUUAUAUUAUCUGCAAGUAUAGUUUUUCUAAAAAACUUUUAAAAUGUGAAGAACACUUCAAAUGCACAUUAAAAAUAAUUAAGUGCACUUUUUUUCUCAAGGGAAGAAAAGAAUGAGGCGUUGGUUCUGUCCCAAUACCCACACUUUGUGGAUGUGUGUGCACAUAACAGGAAGUAAGUGCACAAGACUGAAGCAGCUCCCUUAAUGCAUAUUGUCUUUAAUAUCACUUCAGAGCAGCAUAUGAGGCUAAGCAUAUCCCAUUAUUCAUCAUGUUCAAGAACUAGAGUUGUAAAGGUUGGAAACCAUUCCGGGAACUUUCCAGAAUUUUUUGGAAACUUUAAACACUUUAAACAUUUUUUUAAACAUUUUUGGAAAGUUUCCAGAAAUUUGCCAGAAACUUUGCACGCUUUUGGAACCCUAUUAGAAUUCAUAAAAUGUACAAAAAACUCUCAAAAAUGUUAAGAAAGGAAAAACUUCCUGGUAUAAGUUAAAUGAAUUAGAUAAUACAUAUAAAUUGGUAGAAAAACAUCCUUUUAUAAUUUCAUUUAAGGCACCACAAUGAAUUAAUUGUGUUGCCUGUUACAUAUGAACUAGUGAACAGAUAUAAGUUUGUUUUAAAUGCACAAAGUAUUGAAAAUGGAAAAAGUGUAACUAAAGCUCUGUUUAAAAAAAGUUACUUGCAUUUCAACGGUAUUGUGUUGUAAGUGUGUCAAAAGCUUUACAGACACUUGUGGUUUUUCACGCCCACUUGACCACUUGGGUCAAAUACAGGAAAUAUGCAAGUAAACAAGUGGUCAAGCGCACAGACUGCAAGUUUGGGUACUGGGACAAGCCCUACAUUUUUUUUGUAAUUUGAAAAAAAGUUGACCAUUGCCUAGUGUGUUCUAAAUGGUUGCAAGGCUGUUGUUAGGUGGCAGCUAGUGGAAGUUUAUAGGUGGUUUCUUACAGGCAAAAGAGUCCAACCCAGUGCCUGUAUGAGAUUCUUGUCCCUCAGGUUCCUCAAUUAGUGCAAAUCAGCUAUUUUUGUCCCAUUUUUUCAUCUUCCAAACAAAGGUUGUCAUUCUAAAGGUUUAGAAAAGCAUUAGAAUGCUGUCCCUCAACAACAUUAUUACAUCCUGUGGGCGAGACUUCUGGUUCAUUAGCCGCUAUAGUGAAGCAACAAA